AUGCAAUUGGCACGUUCAAAUGGCCUUACAACGGAAGAAGUGAUCCUUGGGUCUUCCCCAGAGCCCGCGAAAUCGCCGGGGGAUCUUGUUUCAGUCAGGGAGAACGAGAGCUUGGCCGCUCGUAUGAAGGACGCUCAUGAGCAGGCUAGACAAGGAGCCGAGAUGAAGGCCACCCUGCGCCGGAGACAGAAGCUGCCUUUGAUGGCUGAGGAUACUCAAAAGGCGCUCUUGAAGCUGGUCGACGACAAUGACGUGGCUAUCAUCUUGGCCAAAACUGGCUCCGGAAAGACCACUCAGGUCCCUCAAAUCCUGCUCGACGACAUGAUAAUGUCCGGUCGAGGUCCGCAUGCAAACGUCUUGUGCACUCAGCCUCGGAGGAUGGCAGCGACCUCUAUUGCGCAGAGAGUGGCCCACGAGCGCCUUGAUUCCCUUGGUAGCACGGUCGGCUAUCACAUUCGCAACGAGAAUUGGUCACCCAGGUCUUGCGGCUCUAUCACGUAUUGCACCACCGGCAUUCUCUUGAACAGACUGAUUGCCGAUCCAGAGCGUACCCUAUCGGGGUACUCCCACAUUAUCGUUGAUGAGGUGCAUGAGCGUGACAUACAGAUUGACCUUGUCCUGUCUCUUCUUCGCAACGCAGUCCGUGCCAGCAAGGCGGCAGGGCGACCGCACCCUAAGAUCAUCCUCAUGUCUGCUACCAUCGACCCGUCGAUCUUCCUAGGUUAUUUCACGCAACAAACUGAUGACCACCCGACCCUGACCGCUGACUACGUGGAUGUGGAAGGGAGACACACGCACAUUGAGAACCACUAUCUUCCGGAAAUCCUGCUGGAUAUGUCGCAGGAGGGUGGGUUACAGGAGCCAAUGUAUCACUACAUCCAGGGCAGCCACCCCUUAUCCAGUCGACGUUUCGUUGAGCAUGAGAUGCAAUUUGCAGCGAGACAAGCAAAACAUGCGUCUGGUUGUGAUGAUGGCGGUACAAGGGACAGCCAACAGCCAGCGACUUCGAUCGAGGACGACCCGUCCGCGGGGCCCACAGGCCCCUUGUAUGUCGGUCUGGCAGCGUCGGUGAUUGCUCAUAUUGCGCUCACCAAACCGGAGGGCGACAUCCUCGCAUUCUUUCCUGGAGCUACGGACAUGGAAAAUACGGAGCAGCUGCUGCGCAGCGGCCGAUUCGUCCACGCUGGACUUGAUGUCCAGAAUCCGGACAAGAUCAGACUCUUCAAGCUUCACUCCCUGCGCAGAGAAACCAACAACCAAGUCUUCGACCCAGUCCCUCAGGGCUGUCGAAGAAUUAUCCUUGCAACGAACAUCGCCGAAACGUCGAUCACACUCCCAGAGGUGGUUUACGUCGUUGAUACCGGCAAGGAGCGUAAUAGCCUUUUCGACCCCUCCACACUUGCAAGAAGCCUGCCAUAUGUCUGGAUCAGCAAGACAAGUUCAAUUCAACGACGAGGACGGGCUGGACGGGUACGCAACGGCCACUACUAUGCCCUCUUCACCAAGGAGCGGCAUGACUCAUUCCGACCGAUGAACCGCCCUGAGAUUGGCGAGUCUAAUCUUGCGGACGUAGCCCUGCAGUUCAAGGCUUUCUCACAGCACGCCGAUGUCGAAGACGUCCUCCUUGACACUCUGGACCCACCCAGCCGUCCUGCUGUUGACAACGCGGUCAAGCAGCUGCAAAGUUUAGGCGCUUUGACCGACACCGGCGACAUCACCAGCCUGGGCAGACUAUCGUGGCAACUUGGAGUACAUCCAGCCUUGGGAAAGGCAAUCCUUCUUGGAUCCCUGUUUGGCUGCCUGGAACCCAUGCUGAUCAUUGCUUGUCACGACUCUGGAAGCCCGCUCAUAUCAAAUCUCGAACUGAGCAUGGAGAAAGUACGAGAGGUAAAGCAGCAAUACCUACCCGAAUACGAAACAGACUUUGCUUGCAUUAUCGAAGCCUUCAGAGAAUAUCACGCAGCCAACACGGCUGGCGACGCCAACCUCAUGCAAGAGCUACGAGAGACCAAGCACGUCCGACACCGCGCUUAUCUUGACAUGAUGGCCACGUGCGACGGUCUCCAUCAUGUCCUUGCACGUCUGGGCUUCGUCCCGACACCACAGGCCGGCAAGACCCUGUUUGAAAUGCUUCCCUCGGCUCUCAAUGCCCACCACCGAAACAUGGUGCUCGUCAAGGCACUGCUUAUCAACACCGUAAGUGCCGAGCUGGCUGCCUGGCCAGGCAGACAAGGCGUCCAACUCUGUAGCUGGACAGUCGACAGCCCCGUGCUCAAGGGCUUGACCUCCAAAUUCGGGGUCAACGAAGCAAAGACAAAUCUGCAGCGGCGUCGGAAAAAGUACCACCGUACCCCCGGUCGCUUGAUGGCAUACACAUACAAGCGAGAAGCUCCCGACGGGUCCGGCGACGUAGUUUUCCUAGAACAGGCCUCGAUGGUAACGCCCCUGAUGGCGAUCCUUUUCUGCCAGACCCUGGCCCUGCGGGACGAACGAACUCUACGACUCAACCGGUGGCUGUUACUUCAACUUUCGGCAGCUGCAGACGUUCCACCCGCGAUUGCUGAGAAAGUUGCGCCCAUCCUGCUGGAAUUGAGGAAGACGAUCGACCGCCUCAUCAGCCUUGCGUGGCUGGACCUGGAAAUGCUCAAUCGAGCAGCAUCUCGGGACGACUUUUCUGAUGGUUCUCCACGACCACAACCACAAGAUGAAAAACAACAACGACGCCUGAGCCCGAAAUUGCGAAAAGUCAUGGUCGAUGCGGUCGUCGAAAUGCUCAACGCAGACGCAGCAUACUGGUCCGAGUUCAAGGCCAGGCGUCGGGAGGAGAUCGAUCGCGAACUCGAGCGGCUAGAGAAUGAGAAGAGACAGGCUGCCGCUCUGCUUGAGGACGAGGAGGUAGACAUCGACCAGAUCGACGAAGAUGAUGAGAGAUCCGACGCGGAGGGCGAAUGGGAUGACAGACCUAACGCGCAGGGCGAAUCUGUUGAUCAAGCGGCGUGCAGCAGUGUCUGA